AAUUCUAGUAAAUUCAGCGGUAGAGGAAAAAUUGAGAAUUUCGUACAAAGUAUUUGUUUGCGAAUAAUUUAGUUAUAGAAGAUAGAAAAAUAACUCAAGUUCAACUAUGGUAGACUACAGUAAAUGGAAGAAUAUUGAAAUUUCCGAUGAUGAGGAUGACACACAUCCCAACAUCGACACUCCUUCAUUGUUUCGUUGGCGUCAUCAGGCCCGUGUCGAACGCAUGGCUGAAAUGGAACGCGAAAAGGACGAGUUCAAAAAGAAGAAGCAGUCAUAUCAGGCUCGUUUGAUGGAUGUCAAAGAACGCAUACAAAAGAAGGAAGGUGACGAAGCGGAACUUAAGAAAGAGUUGGAAAAAAUUGAAAAGGAGGGCAAAGAAAUCGAUCGGCAGGAGGAUGAACUGAUCAAUAAAGAGAAGAAGGCGCCUUGGAAUGUGGAUACAAUCAGCAAACCUGGGUUCGAAAAAACUGUUUUAAAUAAACAGGCUCUAAGGAAACCUGAUGAGAAUCUCUCGGAAGAGGAGAAAGAGGCGAGAAUGAAAAAAUUUGUAAAGGAAAACGAAAAAUUAUGCAAGCAAUAUGGUAUGCUACGGAAGUACGAUGAUUCCAAACGUUUCCUACAGCAACAUCUCGACCUUGUUUGUGAGGAGACUGCAAAUUACCUAGUCAUUUGGUCCAUAAAUUUAGAAAUGGAAGAAAAGCACGAACUUAUGGCGCAUGUGGCGCAUCAGUGCAUUUGUAUGCAAUACAUAUUAGAGCUUGCGAAGCAAUUAGAUAUUGAUCCACGUGCCUGUGUUAGUUCAUUCUUCUCCAAAAUUCAAAAUUGUGUGCCAGAGUACAAGGAACAGUUCGAAAGUGAAAUUAAAGGUUUCAAAGAUCGCAUAACAAAAAGAGCGCAAGAAAAAAUCAAGGAAGCUUUAGCCGAAGCAGAGGAGGAGGAGAAAGCAGCGCGACUUGGACCUGGUGGACUGGAUCCUGCAGAAGUAUUUGAAACACUACCUGAAAGCCUUCAAAAAUGUUUUGAAUCGCGUGAUAUUGAAUUGCUACAAAAAACAAUAACCGAAAUGCCUGUUGAGGAAGCCAAAUACCAUAUGAAACGUUGCGUGGAUUCUGGCCUCUGGGUGCCAAAUGCGGGAGAUGCUGAAAUUGGCGAAACUGAAGAGAAGGAUUCCGAUUCAGUAAACAAAGAAGCAGGGGAUGUUAAAAGUAAAAGUGAAUCCGGCGAUGAUAAGCUGGAUAAAACGGAGGACGAGCCUAUCUAUACGGGCGUUAGUACCAAUGAUUUGGAUUGAUUGUUCGUUGAAGCCGUAAACUAACAAUUUUUUUGAACAAAUUGAAGCACUUUUGAUUGGAAGUAGAUGAGAGUUACAUCAUACAAAAAUGUACAAGAUAAAUAAACAAAACAACAGAUGUUAGAGAAAAUGUUGGUCAUGUCAAAUAUAUGCAUACAUACACAUUAUUACA